GCAGGUCAAUCAUGUAUUCUAGAGCCCAAAUGCAUAUAAAUCCACCCCUCCCAAUACCCAUCCGCCUUGUGCCUCCAGCCAGAGGAGAUAUCUGCAUUGACAAUCUAACAAUCAGCACCCAUGGCAGCUCCUCAGAAUUCUGGCUAUCUCCAGGCCUCUGACCCCACUAAGCCCCGCUCCGACGCGGCUGUUCCUUUCCGCGACAUCAUCCCUUCAGCAUCUCAUCCCAGAAUCGCGGGGAUCGCAGAUCAUGAUGCGCGCAGUUGGUGCGAGUCACGAAGGCAGAUCGAAGCCCCGGCCUGGCUAAUCAAUCGCCUGGAGGCGAAGAACUUGGAAAGACCUUACAAGGGGUUCACAACAGAUGGGAAAGUGAGAGAAGGCUUGUAUACGUAUGCGGAAGAUGAGGGUGCGCCGACAGAAGCUGCGGCCGAGAGAACGAAUGACUUGUUGAAGAUCCUGACUGAGGAGCAAAGAAAGGAUGUCCAGCGGGGAGACGUCACGGAUGAUGAGAUCCGAUUAUGGUCGAAUCCGGAAUUGUAUAUGAACCCAGGCGGACUUCGACUUGACGAAUGCACUCCGGAAAUCCAAGCCGCUAUUCACGCUAUCCUCAAAUCCUCGUUCUCUGAGCAAGGCUAUGCGAAAGUCCUCGGCUGCUGUCUCACAAAUGGAUUCCUUGGACAUCUUGUAAAUGGCAAGAAAGUUCUCAAUGAGCAUUCCUAUAAUUUUCGUCUUUUUGGCACGCCUUCAUUCACUUCCCCAUGGGGUUACACCUUCUUCGGGCACCAUCUCUGUCUAGCUGUUGUCUUUUCUGGGAAAAGAAUGGUGAUUGGACCUACGUUUCUGGGCGCCGAACCAGAUAGGAUCGACGAAGGACCACAUAAGGGACUGAGAUUGUUUCGAACUGAGGAACUAGAGAGUUUGAAACUAAUGCAGGGACUUCCAAAGGAGCUUCAAGACAAAGCCACGUUGAGUAAAGGAAUGGACGGCAAAAGCUUAGCUGCCGAUAGAUGGAAUCCAUUUGAUGAGAGACAUCUUGGCGGUGCGAGGCAGGACAACCGGGUUUUACCUUACGAGGGCUGUCCCGUCUCGGAGUUCCCUGCUGAACAACAGCAAGCUAUCAUCAACUUAUUCUUAGCGUUCAACGAGUACUACCCGGAAACAGUUCUGCAACACCGUCUUGCUCUCUUCAAGAAAUACUUGAACGAGACUUACUUUGCAUGGAUUGGGGAAUUCGGAGACGACGACCCUUAUUAUUAUCGAAUCCAUAGCCCUGUGGCUUUUAUGGAGCUGGAUUUCCAUUGCGGCAUCUUCUUGACGAAUACAAGUCCUGCUCGGUGCCACAUCCAUACCAUCAAUAGAUUACCCAAUCGUGGAGAUUAUGGAAGAGCAUUGAUAGAGCAGUAAUGCAAUGCUUGUAGAAAAGUGUUUAUGCAUGCGUAAAAUUGACUGCACGAGAUAUACCUCUUACUCAAAUGUUGAUCUGCUUGAGAUUCUAGACUCCAAUGCCCUUGGGCAAUGCUUGGAUGGCUUUCAUUUCCCAACCUAGACUUAUAUCAUAGAUGCAUACUAGAUAUAUUGAUCCGUGGUUAUGGAUGUGCCGCUCUGUCUGCCUUAUUGAUGUAUUGAAGCUGACCAGGGGAGAAUCUUUAUGAGCGU